AGUUUGCUGUUGUUGAAGUAGUCGUGACGUCAAUACAAGACGGAUUUCCCAAUUGGGUGAAAAAAAAUUUACUUUGUCACGAAAUGUUAGUUCUUAUUAUUUGCGCUGUUUCUUUUAUUUGCGGAUUGCCCAAUGUCUCACAGGGUGGAAUAUAUUUCUUUCAACUGAUUGAUCAUUAUGCAGCAUCGAUUUCUAUCAUGUUCUUGGCAUUCUUUGAAGUUAUCGCAAUAUCGUGGUUCUACGGUGUACGAAGACUGUGUAGCAAUGUCUCGGAAAUGACUGGAAGAGUUCCAUCGAUGUACAUUCAAUUUUGUUGGUUUAUAGCAGCACCUCUUCUGAUAAUGUCGGUAUGGGUAUUUAGUUUGAUUGAUUAUCAAAGCCCGACGUAUGGCAAUGGAGCUUAUCAGUAUCCAUGGUGGGCAGAAGCUGUUGGUUGGGGAAUAGCGUCCUUGUCACUGAUCUGCAUUCCAGCAUUUGCCGUCUACGUAUUAAUUAGAGCCGAGGGCGUUACUUUCACCGAGAAACUACGCAAUUCAAUUAGAUCACAUUUUGAGGCCUGCAAAGUAUGUCGUCAGGAAUACUGCGCAAAUCCGCUGCAUAAUUUAUCGGAUACCGAUAAGGAGCAAAUCAAACAACCACUCCAAGAAAUGAACAGUCUGAUAAAUAACGUACCCAUCACAAUAAUACCCGCAAAGUCUAAAACAUAAUAAUAACAAUAACAACAACACUACUAAUUAACUGUCAAUAGAUGAAAUUAAAUAAUAUUCAUAAAAA